UCCUCCGCUCUAGAUGAUUAUUGUGUUUACUGAGAGACCCAUAAAACACCAGCGCAGUGUGCCUGGCCAAACAAUAGAGUAACUGAGACAUCAGGGAGAGAAACAUCCGAUCGGCGUGGAAUCUGUCCGGUCCAUCCAGGGUUUUCCCCCCGCUAAGUGCGGCGGGUCUCGUUCCGUCUCGCCUCCGCUCUUCCUGCUGCUGAACCGGAGGAUACUCGCACCCAGAGCCGCGAUUUGACACUGAAGCUCGCGGCCGGAUGUUGAGCUCAAAUCUUGGAAUGAGACUAACGUUUAGCAUGUAAAUUCAACCUCCUGGAGGUUCUGGCCAUCUUAUAUUUUCUUUUUCACAUUCACAAACACAAUGUCGAGCAGAAGGAAGUCCACUACCCCCUGCAUGGUGCUUCCAUCAGAUGUUGUAGAGCAAGAUCCUGAUAUGGAGGCCCUGGAAGGGAAUGAAGGAGCUGAGAGUAUGGCAGACGGUCCUACUGAGGGAGCAGUGGUUCCCAUGGAAACAGAAACAGAACAUGAGGGGAUCCAUUUCUCGAGUGAGGAAUGUCGUUCUUCAGGAAAACGCUCUGGUCAAACGUCACUAGAGCAGCCCAUCUCUGAUCUGAUCGCCGAGGGUGGUUUUGUGCAGAAAGAGAUGGUGGAUAGUGAUGACCCCUCACUUACUGGAAUCCCUCUCAGCAAGACUCCUAUAAUGAAAAUGAAAAGCAAGUCUGAACCCAAGAGAAUAGCUGUGUCUCUAAAAGGCACAAGUGAAAGCGAGGCAGUGAUUGAAAGUGAGAUGGAACUGGAGCCACUGGAAGCGUCGGUGAUGGCCACUUGCAUGGCACCAGAACUCAUGAGCCCAUUGUUCACAGAGUCUGUAAAGCCCAGCGUUCUUGUCAAUAUUUCAAACCCUGUGGUAGCAGAUCAGAAGAAGCUGGUUAUGAACUCUGCGACGGUUCUUCCGGCAGGCCUGGCCCAGGUGCUUUCUGCCUUGCAGGCCCAGCAGAGUGCUCAAACUCAACUUCUAAUACCAGUAAGUAGUAUUCCCACAUAUAAUGCUGCGAUGGACUCCAAUGCAGUCCUGGUCAACACCUACAAGAAGUUCCCCUACCCGUCUGUGUCUGAAAUCAUGGGUCUUGCAGCACAGACCAAGUUCAGUGAGGAGCAGAUAAAGAUCUGGUUUUCGGCUCAGCGUUUGAAGCAUGGUGUUAGUUGGACCCCAGAAGAGGUUGAGGAAGCCAGGAGGAAGCAAUUUAAUGGCACAGUCCACACAGUUCCCCAGACCAUCACAGUCAUCCCAGCCCAUCAUUUUUCCGCCACUAAUGGCCUGCAGUCUAUUCUUCAGACCUGCCAGAUUGUGGGUCAACCAGGUCUGGUUCUGACACAGGUUGGCACAGCCAACAGCUUCCCAGUGACCACACCGAUAACCCUGACAGUAGCAGGAAUGCCCAGUCAAAGCCAGACGCCCAAGUUCACAACUAAUCAAACAAGCCCUGCGCUCAGUGAAACUAAGAGAGCUACUACAGUUCAGCCCCCAUCGCUGACCCCUCAGGAGAACUCUGCACUCAGUGCCGAUCACUUUGGCCUGCGGCCUAAGAAAUCCAAGGAACAGCUGUCUGAAUUGAAAGCAAGCUAUCUGAAGAAUCAGUUUGCCAGUGAUGCUGAGAUAGCUAGGCUAAUGAAGUUGACCAACCUCACCAAAGGUGAGAUUAAAAAGUGGUUCAGCGACACCCGAUACAACCAGCGCAAUUCUAAGAACAGCCACGCCUUCAUCGUCAAUGACAAUCCCAGGGGUAGUAGCAGUGCCACCAUUGUUAUCGACUCCAGCGAUGAAACGCCACAGUCUCCGACGCCAUCGCCCAUCAAAGAGAAGGAGACACGUGCCAAGACCUGGAACCCCUUCCCGGACUUUACGCUGCAGAAGUUUAAAGAAAAGACACCAGAGCAGUUGGUGGUCCUAGAUGAAAGCUUUCAGAAAUGUGACACACCAACUGAUGAAGAGCUCAGCCGGCUGAGGACCGAGACGAAACUUACCAGACGUGAGAUCGAUGCCUGGUUUACAGAAAAAAGAAAAACCCCUGUGCCUGAUUCCUCAGAGUCAAAAGCAGAUGGUGAAACGUCCCAAAAUAAGGGGAGCCAAACUCCACCUGGAGGAAAGAGGCUAAGCAAAGAGAAGGUUACUAAGAAAACUCCCGAGCAGCUUCAUGUUCUGAAGACUGCGUUCAUUCGCACCCAGUGGCCCUCGAUGGAAGAAUACGACCAGCUGGCUGAGGAGAGUGGACUGCCUCGUUCCUACAUCGUCAACUGGUUUGGCGACACACGCUAUGCCUGGAAGAAUGGCAACUUGAAGUGGUAUUUUUACUAUCAAAGUGGAAACAUGGGAGGAACGAAUGGCAACAAAAACAGAAAACGGAGGAUUCGAAACCGCGGUUGGGGAAGAACCCGUAGUAGAAAAGCAAAGAAGCACACAGAAUCGGAGAAGAAUUUACCAAUCAGGUUCAAGUCUGGACGGGAUACUCUGAAGGAGUACUACUUGAAGCACAAGUUCCUGAAUGAACAGGACUUGGAUGAGCUUGUCGCCAAGUCUAACAUGAGCUACGAGCAGGUGAGAGAGUGGUUUGCAGAGAUUCAUCAGAAGGAGGAAAUUGGUACCAACCCGUUUGAAGAUAAAACGGGAAAUGAAGACCAAGUUGAGGAGGAGGACGAGUCACAGGGUGAAAAUGAGACUGCGGUUGAGGAGCAAGGACCUGUUUUGGGAGAUGAAGAUGACGACGACACUGAUGACAGCGAUACCUGGGAGCCUCCACAGAGCGUUCGAAAAACAUUGCCCAUGUCUGAGGGUCAGUGAUCUUUCUGAAUUGGCUUUAUUCUGAGCAAUGGCCCUUGGUGAAAAACCAUGACUGUGUUGGGUCUCGACCACAUGCCCUCUACCACUGCACCAAUUCUUCUUAUAUUCUAUGUAGUUUCACAUAAGGUUUGACAAGAUCUUUCUAUCAUAAACAUUGAGGAGAACCGUUUUUGGUCAGAAUGUUUGAAAACAUUUAAAGAUUGAGAAGUCAUGCACAUUAACAGGGUUUUUUUCUCUGCGGCUCUGAAGUUGCAGCGAUAACUCAAGAUCCCUUAAAUAAUAUUAACAAUAUCAUGCAUACAAUUUGAACUUAUGUCUACCAGAAUUGAUCAUGCACCUUAAACCUUUGUACAUGCAAAGACAUCCUAGGCCUUUCUAUAGGGCCUUUUAAAUGGGCUUUUUUCAUUUUGAGUCAAAUGGAGAACACUUAGUGCCAAAGGUGUUGUAUUGAAUGUUAUGGUUCCCUUAAUAAUGGACACAAUAGCUAAUUAAGGGAAUAUUCAUGAAUACAUUGUGUCAAUUGGACGCAUGAGGCACUUUGUCAACCACUGUGAUGUACGGAACUUAAACGCAACUUAGCCACCUUAUUUGUGUAGGGCGAGACUAAACAUUUCAAAUUGAAUUUUCAAAUUCAGUGACACAAAAGUGUUUUAUUUUUCAUUCCCAGUGUUUAAUCGUCUACAUACUGACCAUGGAUAUGUGAUGUACAGCACAGUACAUCCCAACAGGAAGUUGUAGGUAUUCCUGUAGUCCCGUUGACUGGGGUUAAUGGGGUCAUCUUCAAACAAUAACAGCUAAUACUCAUCUUGCUGGGGAAGUUAGUUUGUGGAAAUGUCAAUGGUUCUAAUAAACAGGUGAUGUGA